CGUACCCUUAAUAAAUUACCCGACCUGCCCAUUUGUCAUUCCUAGGUAUAACAACAGAUGAAACACAUAUGAUGCCCAUUUGAUAAAGAAACUCAAAUUACAUGCUUAUUUAUUAUGGGCUAUAAGUGACUUCCCGACAUAUGUUGAUUUGUUAGGAUGGACCACUACAUGUUAUAAGGCUUGUCUUUUGUGUCAUGAGGACUCUUGUGCCCAACACUUAGGUAAUUUGAAUAAGAUGUGUAGUAUGGGUCAUAGGCCAUGGUUGCCAACUAAUCACAAAUGGAGAAAUAAUGAUAUAGGAUUCAAUGAAAAAAAAGGAGAUUAGAAAUGCACCAAAUAUACUAUGAGGUGAUGAAGUGUUAAUGAAAUGUCACACUUUCAAGCAAAGGAGUUGUUGGGUGCAACACGCAAACUUGAGACUAUUACUUCUUUUUAUCAAAACUAAAAGGGUUUUUGGCAAUAUGCAACCUCUUUUGCAAUUAGUGGAAUGUAGAGGCGGCAACAACAAAAAACUCACUUGAAGGCACAAAUUCUUUUGCCUAGAUUAGUGUGUCGCAUUAGUUUGGCAUGAGAAAGUUCUGGCAGUUAUACUGUAAAUUCGGCUUAUCACUUGGCAUUCCAACGUAAUAGAAUAUUGCGUGGAGCUCGUCUAGAGGUUAGUAUUUGAAAAAGGUCUUCUUGUCACAUUGGUUUAUGUGACUGAUUUGCCUUAAGGUGCAUGUUUACAUACUUAAUUAUCUUAGUCGUAGGAUUGAUUCGAUAUCAUUCAUUCUUUUUAUGAAUGUUACAAUGCCGAAGAGGACUACAAUAGUUUGAUGAGUUCAUGGGUAUAGAGUUGUUUUUUGUUACAACAAAGGAAGAAAGAAGAUUGCUCACAGGAUGGCUGGUGCAUGUCUUUUAUCUAGAAUUUAAUUAGUUUCUUCAUAGAUCGAUCAUAUGUAUCUGACGAGCAUUAUUCCAUAUAUUUGUUAUCCAUUACAAAACUGAUUCAACGAAUGUCGUUGCAGUUUUCUUGUAUCCUUACAUCAAUCCAUGGUAAUUGUUUAUGUUUAUGGGUGAAGUCAAUAGUAUUCGGUUUCCAUCUAUAUGAUCCACCAAAGUAUUUAGAAGAAUAUGGGACUCUUUUGCUAAACAAGUUAACAUAUUCACUUUUAUAACUUGUUUGGAAAAAGCCUUUCAAAUUUUUGGAUGUACUUUAGAAUUGUAUUGAUGCAUUGGCUUGAUAAAUUCGUCUACGCAAAAAGGACUAGUUCAUUAACAAAGAACAAAGGUAGCAUAAUCAUAUUGAAUUAUUUUAAAAAACAAUUUUUAUUUAUUUAUCCAUUUGUUUAUUUAAAAAAAGUUGUAAAAGUUGUAAAGUUGUAAAAUACCUCAUAUUUAAGAAUCUCAUUGAUCUCCAAUUGACUAUAGAGUUGAAAACCCCAUGAAAAGCUAGAAUAAACACACACUAGAAAUGGAAACCAAAUUUUUUGGCUGGUUGUAUCAUAAUACGAUCCGGUUAGGCGUCAACGUUUGUCCACCAUUAAUUCUUUUCCAUUAGCACCCCGUAAGUUUGGGAAAUAUAGACAAACGCUACAAUGUCUGAGCCAAAGAAUUGCUGGGUCAAAACAAUUCUAAGAAUAGCAUGCCAAGUUGUAUUAAACAGAGUAAUUACUUUCACAUACGAAAAUAACUGAAAUAAUCAUAUAAAAAGUGAAAUUUUCUACGUCUAUAGUUCCCAGAAAACACAAAGAAAUAAAUGUGUAUGUGAAAGAGAGAGAAAAAGGGAAGUAAUAAGAAAAAUCAUGGCGGGAGUUAAUAAGCAACAGGUGGCGGCGACGUUGUUGAUGUUCAUGGUGGUUGCCACCGUGGUGAAGGUAUCGGAGGCGGUGAUGGAACCUGGGCCGCAGUAUAAGCCAUGCUAUGAACACUGUGUCGAACAAUGCAAAGGGGACGGCAACGGCGACACCUUCUGUGAGAUGAAGUGCGACUCUGACUGCAUGGCCAAAGACGCUGCAACAAAACUGAACAUAACCCUGAACAAUUGAAGGAAGAAGGAAAAUGAGAUGAUUUGAUCAUCCUGAGGGAAAUAUUAUGAGAAAUGGGAAAGAAAAUAGGAUAUUAGAAGGGAAACAUAUUGGGAUUGUUUAAAAUAAAUUAAAUUUCUUUCAAUAUUAUCUUUGUGAUGAUUAUGUGGUGGUGGGAAAAAACAUUUUCAUAAUAGAUAUUAAAUAACAUCAAGUUUUUCUAUGAUAUACUUUUAAAGUUAUAUGCUUCCUAGCUGGUCCGAUUCCAUUCUAGGCAACAUCUAUAAAAUUAAAUCAUCCCUAGAGUUAAAACCUAAAACAGAAAAUGAACAUGUAUACUUUGAUCCCUAUGACAUUCCUUUGGAUGAAUAGAGAGACAUUUAAGCUCGCAAAAAUAUCAAGGUGAAGAAGGACAAAGCCGCCAACAAGACACAACUAUAGUUUACAGUUUACACACCUCAUGGAUCGUCGAUUAAACUGAAGUAGAGAGUAGUGCAACAGAUUAAAGAGAAGUGGUUAUAACUUUUAAUGAAACUCAACAUAAUCAUUGGGAAAUUAUGGAUAGUGGUGGGUUUGUCUGGGUUCCCUACACAACCAUAUCUUUUGCAUGUGUGGUGGAACGAUGGUCAGUUCAAUCUUGUAUAACCAGUGUUGGUAAUGAAACUAGUUAGUAUACAAUCGAUAUUAUCAGUAUGAUCGAGUUUUGUCAUCUAAACAAAACAACAUCGUUUGAGUGAAUAUAAUUUAAGAAAUAAUUACUUUUUGA